AUGCAAAAAAAACAUUAUCAUAAUGAAAAUUCAUUAACAAAUCCAUAUUAUAAAGAGAUGUUUCAUUCAAGAGAAUGUAUUCCAACGAAUUUACCAUUAAUACAUAAUAAUAAUAAUAAUAAUAAUAAUGAUAAUAACUUUACUUAUCAACAUUUUAAAUGUGAACCAUCAAUGAUUCAAUCUGUAUACCCUUCCAUAGAAAAUCAAUUCAUACCAUCGUCAUUAUUAUCAUCAUCAUCAUCAUCAUUUACAUUGGGAACAUCGUUAGCAUCGUUAGCGACGACAGCGUCAUCACCAUCAAUACAGACACCAAUUGUAAAUGAAGUGAAAUAUUCCAAUCAUUUGAAUUAUAUACAACAUUUUAAUUCACAAUUGAAAUCCCCAUUGUAUGAUUUAAAGCCUACAUCAAUGUAUCAUUAUCGUAACAAUACUUGUGUUAAUAAUAAUAAUAAAUUUUCGAAACACACUGAUGGAUCAAGUUCAGUAACCUAUGGAUUGAUAGAAACGGUAAAUUCUAAAAACUCAGCUUUGUUAAUUCCUAAUAAACAAACUUUAAUGAAACGUAAUAAAAUUUAUAAAAGUACUGAAUUGAAUGAUACUAUUAAUUGUAAUUCUGGUGUUGAAGAAGAAGAUGAUGAUGAUGAUGACGGCGAUGAGAAGAAUAAUGAUGAUGAUGAUGAUGAUGAGGAGGAGGAGGAGGAGGAGGAUGAUAUCAACGAUACAGUUGAAGAGAGUGAAGAUGUCUCCUCCAGCAAUUGUACUGAUGAUAUUCAGCAUUUAUGUCAAUUAUUAAAUGUUCGUAUCAAAUAUAUUACUACUACUACCACUACUACUACUACUACUACUACUACUACUACUACUACUACUACUACUACCAAUACUACUACUACUACUACUACUACUACCAAUACUACUACUACUACUACUACUACUACUACUACUACUACUACCAAUACUACUACUUCUACUACUACUACUACUACUACUACUACUACUACUACUACUACUACUACUACCAAUACUACUACUACUACUACCAAUACUACUACUACUACUACUACCAAUACUACUACUACUACUACUACUACUACUACUACUACUACUACUACUACUACUACUACUGUGGUAUGCGGUGAUCGAAGCAGCGGUAAACAUUAUGGUCAGUAUACAUGUGAAGGGUGUAAAAGCUUUUUUAAACGUUCUGUACGUAAAUCAGCCAAUUAUAUAUGUAGAUCUGGUGGACAAUGCCCAGUCGAUGCACAAAGACGUAACCAAUGUCAAGCAUGUCGUUUAUCACGUUGUUUAUUAGCUGGUAUGAAAAAAUCUGCUGUUCAACGUGCACGAGCUAAUACACAAACUUAUUUAUGUUCAACAACACCAUAUUCAUCUUAUCCAGUUAUUGCAGCUGCAGCUGUUGCUGCCGCUGCUACCGCUUAUCUUCAUGGAACAGUAACUAAUCCUAUUCCUCCUACCCUUACUCCUACUACUCCUAUUAAUAAUACUACUAAUGAUACUACUAAUAAUUUUAUAUUAAAUUCUACAUUCACUGAUCAUUACAAUAGAUCAGAUCCAAUCAAUUUAUCAAAUGUAUAUAUCCCAACAACUAGUCAAUAUAUGACCACUUUAAAUGAUAAUAUGAAUCCUUUACCUCAACCAUAUUAUGAACCAUACGAGAAUACAUUGAAUACAUCCAAUAUACACUAUUCAAAACUAUAUAAUCAGCCUAUUUAUACAAGAAGAUCUAUAUCAACUCAUUCAAUGAAUAAACCAAUAGAGAAUAUCGUUACAUCUUAUUUACCAUUUCAUAGUAAUACGAGUAGUAAUAAUACGUCAUCCAUGUUAACCUACGAUGACCAACCAUCCACAUUACAUCAUCAUCAUCAUAAUCAUCAUAAUCAUUAUGCAACACGUUUAAAUCUACCACAAAAAUCAUCGUAUGGUUAUUAUCAUCAUGAUCAUGAUCAUGAUCAUCAUUCAAUAUCAUCAUGUUCAACUCCAAUUACAAUAACUACACCAAUUAUGACAAAUUUUAAUCAUAUAAAUAUGAAUUGUAUUCAUCAAUAUCAUACUACUAACAAUACUACUAAUAGUACCACUACUACUACUACCACUACUAUUAUUAUGACUACUACUACCACUAAUAAUACUACUAAUACUACUACUAAUAAUAAUAAUAGUAGUAAUCGUAUAAGAUGUGAUUUAAAUCAAGAAUCCAAUUCAUUUAGACAACCAGAUUCAUCAUCAUCAUCAUCAACAACAACAUUAGCAUCAUUCACAUCAACUAUACAUCGUCAAACUAUUCAUUCAUUUAUCAUAGAUAUAAAAAAAACAUUAGAAGAAUGGAUACUUAUAAAAGAUAUAACCUAUUCAAUAGAUACUACUACUAAUACUACUAUUACUACUACUACUACUACUACUACUUAUUCAAAUUAUAAUUAUCAUAUAGAAUUAAUGAGAUUAUGGUCAAAUAAAUUAUUAAAACAAACCUCAAUUAUUUUAAAUAAAUUACAUUCAUUUAAACAAGUAUGGAUUCAAUGUUUCAAGAAUAUAGCGGGACCUUCCAAUCCAUUUCAUCAUGAACAUGAAGAAGAAGACGACGAUGACAACAACAACGACGACGAUGAAGAAGAAGAUUAUUUAUGGAUAAAUGAAUUAAUUUCACAAAUAGAAUUGUAUGAAUUACAAGAAUAUGAAGUGAAAACAUCAAUUCAAUUAAAAAGUAUUACACCAAUACCUGAUACAACUCAAAUUAUUAUAUGUGAAUUAAUAGAUAAAGAAUGUGAAUUAUUAUUGAAACAAUCAUUGCCAACACUUAGUUUAAUGCAUAUUUGUCAAUCAAUUCAUAAUUAUCAAACUGAAGAGAUUAUAAUUGAACAGAUUAAAUCUUUAAUCUACUCCAUUCAUCAUCAUCCUUCUCCUCCCUCUCAUCAUCAUCACCAUCAUCCACCUCCUCCUCCUCAUCAUCAUCUUCAACAACAACAACAACAACAAGAACAGCGGCAACGGCGACAACAACAACAUGAUACUUCCAAAUAUUACAAACCAUCACCUAUCACAUCAAGUCAGUUAACUAGUAACCGAUCAAUUACCAAUUUUGAUAUAAGUCAAAUUGAAACUGGUUUAGAACAGAAGUCAACUGAUACAAAUGAAUUAUGGAGUAGUAGUAGUAGUAGUAGAAGUAAACAUAGUGGUAGAUCAAACUGGAAUAAUAAUAAUAAUAAUUACAUAAUUCAUAAUAAAAAUAAUAAUCAUAGUAAUUUGUUACUACUAAUUAGUAGUAUAAGAAGACAUAAUAUCGAUUCAUUUGAAUGGGGAUGUAUGCGAUGUUUCAUCUUGUUAAAUUCAAGUCUCUUAAAUGAUUCUUAUACUAAAUCAUUUGAAUUAUUAAAAUAUACAAUUCAUAUGAUGUUAAUCAAACAUAUAAUUCAUAAAUUAAAACAACAAUUACAUCAUAAUAAACAAGUUACCAUAGCAACAAACCAUUGGAUAUUGACAUAUCGUUUAACUCAACGAAUUUAUAAUCUUUUACAAAUUUCUAAUGAAUUAAUGAAUAUACAAAUUUAUCAAAAUACUACUGAUAAACAUUUAAAUUAG